AAGCACAACAGCGCCAACUAGUGGCCAAUUUCCGUAACUUCUUAUUGAUAUCUCUUGCUCUAAGUUCAUGUUGUAAUAUACUCUCGCUAAAAUUUGUGCUAUUUGCUGACCAACCCCAUGUUUAUUGAAUAUGUGCUCGUGUUAUGUUUGUUUUCCGUUGUAACGUAGUGAAAAUCUUGUCUCAAUGUAUAAGUUAUGCGGCAAGUUCCUUUCAAAACCAAUGACAUUAGAUGAACUCGAUGUGCGUUUUGGCCAUUUUACUUGGCUUGCGUUGGUGAUUCGUACAUAGUCACGUGACCAAAGAGGUUUUUGGAUCAAUGGCGCCAAAUGACUAUUACAGAAAAUGUGGCACCUCGUGUUGUCGUGUUGUGUCGAACUAAAAUGCCGUCAUGUAGAGAACGCUGUGACUUUCUAUACAAUGCUACUGCCUCGCUCCAAGUGUAAAACAAUAAGUUGCUCGUGAACAUGUAGCUUGUGAAUGCCUCAAGCAAGAUGUCGUUGAGAGGCACCAAGCGCGCUUCAGGGCCGCGCGGGGAGGAGGCCGGCGCGUCGAAGCGCCGCAGGACGGAGCCCGAGGACGCUCUCUGGCAGCUCCGGCCCGUUAGCGACCUCAAGAUGUCAUCUAUAUACAAUAGAAGCGCCUCCGAGGCACCCGCCGAACUAUUCAGGAAGGAUUUGAUCAGCGCAAUGAAGCUGCCGGACUCUGAGCCGCUCACCGCCUCGGAGUACUGGGUGAUCACGGACACGUGGAAGCAGGACUGGGAGCGGGGCGUCCAGGUGCCGGUCAACCCGGACUCGCUGCCGGCCCCUAAGGUCCGGAUCACCGAGAACCCGAAGCCGCCGGACUUCCAGGAGUUUAAAUUGCCUAAAGACAAGUACAUCCACUUGAGCCGCGACGCGACGUACGCGCCGGACAAGCAUACGAUCACCACCGCGCUCGCCCGCGCGGAGGCGGCGUGCUCGUACGACCUGGACGCCACCGACACCGCAUGGCUCAAGCUGCUGAACGCGGAGCGGGCACGCGCCGGCGCCGGGCCCAUCACUGAAGAUCAGCUCGAGAAGGUCAUCGAGGAGUUGGAGGUCCGGACUUGGGAUAAAAUUCAAUCCAUCAUGAAGUCGGAGGAGGGCCUAGGCAUAGAGUAUGACGAGAACGUAAUCUGCGACGUGUGCCGCUCGCCCGACUCCGAGGAUGGCAACGAGAUGGUCUUCUGCGACUCCUGCAACAUCUGCGUCCACCAGGCCUGCUAUGGCAUCACUGUCAUACCCGACGGUCAGUGGCUGUGCCGGCCGUGUGGCGACGGCGUUCGGCCCACGUGCGUGCUCUGCCCCAACCUCGGCGGCGCCAUGAAGUGUACGCCCACCGGCCACAAGUGGGCUCACGUUAGCUGCGUCCUCUGGAUCCCCGAAGUGUCUAUAGGUUGUGCUGAAAAAAUGGAACCUAUCACAAAAAUCUCCUCAAUACCGGCGUCGCGCUGGUCCCUUGUGUGUGUACUAUGUCGCGAACGGAAAGGUGCGUGUAUACAGUGCUCUGUAAAGACUUGUAAGACUGCUUAUCACGUUACUUGUGCAUUUAAACAUGGACUAGAAAUGCGUGCAAUAAUAGAGGACGAGAACGCUGAUGACGGCGUGAAGCUGCGCUCAUACUGUCAGAAGCAUAGUGUUAAUUCGAAGAAGGAGAAGUGUCCGGGCUCCGGCUCAGACGAGGAGGAGGUGAAACGCAAGCGGCGAAAGGACAUGACGUCGGAGGAGAAAAAUCAGGCGCGUGCCGCGAGGCUACAGGAGAUAGAAGGCGAGUUCGACAAGCACGUCAGCGUCAAGGACGUGAGCACGCAUCUGCUCGACGUCGACCAGGACGCCAUUAACUACAUAUACAACUACUGGAAGAUGAAGCGCCGCGCCGGCCGCAACCGGCCGCUGCUGCCGCCCAAGUCAGAUGACAGCGAGCUCCUCACGCACCGUCAGGAGCAGGCCGACCUCGACAAGAUGAAGAUGUUCGUGCAGCUCAGGCAGGACCUCGAGCGUGUGCGGAACCUUUGCUACAUGGUCAGCCGCCGCGAGAAACUGUCGCGCUCAUUCUUCCGUAUGCGCGAACAGACUUUCCACAAACAAGUUGCGGUUUUAUCCGCGGACCCGACCAUUAGCGGGCCCGACUUAGCCGCUAUUGUCGAGGCCAACCACGGCCCCUCUAUUUACGACAGGUUGUAUUCCCAUCCCAAUGCUCCCGACCAUAAGAACGAUUUCGAAGAAAUGUUAGCUCGUAUCGCUCCACCGGAGUCCGGCGAUGAAAAGAAGAAGGAUCGCAACGGCAUGGUUAAAGGCGCAAAAUCGUCCAAUCCAUACAAGAAACAUUACGUAAAUGGGUCGCGGCGAAGCGGCAGCAUGUACAGCGGGUUAUCUAGUGAAGAGAGUGCUCCCGAAAUCUCACGAUCAACGCGAUUCCGCGGACGGGCAAUCGGCUCGAGCACGGACGACGACAAGAAACCCUCUGGAUCACCAAAGAAAAAGGUGUCGCCCGGCAAAGGUAAGGGUAAAAGAUCGCCCAAGAAGAUCGAAAGGAAGAAGAAAAAAGUGCCACAGUCCAAAGCGCUGGUCGAGAGCAGCAGCGAGGAUGAAGCCCUUCAAUCGAGGAUAAAGAAAGACCAGUCACGUAGCAAAACGCUCCAACACCUUGAAAAGGAAAUGGCAGAGGCCGUAAAGUCGGGAGCUUCAGCCACCGACAGCGACGAGCUCAUGCCCAUCCGGACAACCAGGCAACAGAACAGCAAGUUUCCUGAUAACAUUUACUCUGACAGCAGUGAGGAGUCCUCUGGCAAAACAGAUCUCAAAUCCGAUAAGGCCAAAGCUGACAAGUCCAAACCAGACAAGUCACCAGACAAUGACUCUCAACAACCCCUGCCUAGAACAAAGGCGGCCAUGAAAGAAUUCAUUCCAACCCAACCUGAAAAGAAGAGCCCUACUAAAAUCGCCGAGAAACCAGCUCCAAAGAAAAGAGGCAGAAAGCCAUCUAACAAAGGGGAAAAGAAGACUACUCCAAUCAAAAGUAAUGAUUCCGAUGAUGAAGCUAAAAAUAAGGAAAAUAUCAAAUUCUCAAAACAAGCAAGCAAGGAUCCUUCUGAUCUUAUUGUUCCACAAAGACAGGCUGCCAAGAAAGCUUCUGAGAAUAUGCGCUCCACCACCGGCGGCAAAAAGGAAGAGGGAGUUGCUGAAAAACCAAGCAGCGGUGAUGAUACUAAACCGCCUAAACCAAAAAUACCCAUUAAGUCCAAGGGCAAAGAACCACCAAAAGAUAUCCCUGCCAAGGUCGGGCGCAAGAAGUCUUCGAAGGAUGUUGAAAAAGAAACUAUAGCGUACGUUCCUCAAAGGCAAGCUGCCAAGAAAGCAGCCGCGCAUAUCAAGGGUCUGGGCACGAAGGCGCCUGUUGCCGAAACAUCCGACACUGAUAAGAAGAAAGAGGGCGAAAAGUCCGACUCCGCGAAGCUUACUCCUAAGAAAGAAGAGGUUAAAAGCUCGAAGACUUCCCAGAAGGAAACCUCCAGUUCUUCAUCAAACUCAAGCAGCAGUAGCUAUUCCUCAUCAUCAAGCUCCGAAGAGGAACCCGAGAAGCCAGGCCUCAAACCGACGGCCAAAGCGCGAGAAAUCAAACCCGCCAUCCGGCAGCCAUCCAUGUUCUCACCGCCGGGCACUAGACCGACCGUGGACUUGCCCUUUCUCGACAAGGUGUCAAGACCAUUGUCUUCAACUAGUGCCUCGAGUGAUUCUGAAAGCUCUCAAGGGUCGCGAUUCUCCGGAUCCGGCAGCCCCUCUCCCAAGCGACCUCGCCGACGAAGAAAGGGAAAGAGCCUCUCGACCGAUACGUCCCCUCGCAAGGCCCCUGACAAGAAGCUUAAAACUUCCGAACGGGGGUCCGAGUGCAGGGUACCAUCACCGGCUCCUCAAGGAGAGGAACCGAGCCGAGCCGACGACGCGCGGGCCGCCACACGUGCUCGGACCAGAAGCAUUACUUCAAGCGGAAAUAUGCCUAAUAAGCCUGAUGCCCGACAGAGAAAACCAUCUAAAGACGACAACGGAUAUGCCUCUGGCUCCAAUAAAACUCCCAAAGAGGGCAGCCAGCCCCGUGAGCUUCCAACUCCGGAGCGGAAAGCGGACGAGGAGGUGAAACCGGAAAUCAAAGAUGAACCCAUCGUCGAAGCGAAACCCUUCAAGGGCUCCCCGCCCAAGCCCAGGACACGCGUCUCUGUCGACGAUAAAGACAAGAUCAAGUCGCCAGUUGCGGACCCGACCUCAUCCAAACCCAGUCCUAGGAAGAGCGCCGAGUUGAAACAUAAGAGUAUUCCUAACAGACGUAUGAGUGUUAAAGAGGUGUCGAAAGAUGUGACGGUACAUGAACCGCCACGCGAGUCGGCCAAAAAGAAGAUACUCAGCAGGCAUGACGACGAAAACGCGACCGAAGCGCGCACCGCCAGUAGUCGCUCCCCACUCAAGAAACCAGAAAUUACAGAAAAGUCCAAAACGGUUGACAAAAAGAGCCCAAGGACAGUAAAUGAGUUCCAUGCCCAUGACAGGUAUGCAGAGAAUGAAAAACACUGGCUCGAUAAAGAUGCCAGCCCCCUGCCGCCGCCUGUAGAGAAAUUGGGCAGCCAUGACAAGUACAUGACUGAAGAUAAGCUGCUCGAUUCUGAUGCGGCUGACAAGAACAGCAUAAAAAUGAUCGCAAAAAUACAAGCUAACUUGAACGAAAACAUGAUGAUCAAGUCACCAAAGACACCCAUGGACGCCCGAACGUUUAACAUAGACCCUAUAGAUGUGGAUAACGCGGUACCGCGGAACAUAAGGAAGCGAUCCACGCUAGAGGAAAAGAAGUUUAUAGCCCAAGAUGCCAGCCACGUGCAGGGCGUCGAGAUAUCUAAGAGUGCAAAGAUACCGUCGGUUAACCCCUGCCGUUCCAUGUUCUCUCCGCAAGGCAAAGACAACGAGCUUGACCGGUUUGAAUUUGAAAUGUUGGCUAUCGACGACGGCUUCAACAACGAUGAGUUGAUCAAACCUUUUACUUACCCAGAGUUUAUAUUCAAGGAGGAGAAAGAGCAAGGCGUUCAGGAAACCAAGAACCUGGUCGAUAGACUGCGAAUGCAACUGAGCAGCAAGAAGGCCGAGGCUCAAGACGAACAGCCACUUCAUGAUGACAAAGAAAUCAGAGAUGACGAUAUCAGGAGCCCACGUAAAGGUCCCGAAACUCCGCCGCCUAACAAAAACGCGGCCAUCGAUAUUCACGAACCUAAACUGUCGUCAAAUGACCUAGAACCGCUUAACCACGAGCCGCAUUCGGGCGAGGUCUCUCGCAGAAAUAGCAUACAUGACAACAAAGACUGCCAGCCCAUACCCAUGACAAGCAAUGAAAAAUGGCGCAACUUGCCCCUGCAGCACAACGAAGUCGAGCUACCUAACGAUAGAAAAUACGACCGGUACAACGAAGACUCGAAAGAGCCGGCAACCGUUCAGUCCGACAUACAAUCCGUUUCAGAGGUGGGCGACAACGUAUCACUUUCCAAGCAAAGCGACGAUUCUCAAUCACUGUCCGUUGUCGAUCAUUCCAUUGCGAGCAACGAUACGAUGGCCCUGGUUCACGAUAACUAUGAUAACAACAACUCGCAGCUUCAUUCCGACUGUGCUACCAUCUCAUCGCCAUAUGUGAGCCAAGAGAAAUGGAGGGAGAACAAAAUAAUCUCGAGGCGGUCGUCCGCUUCGAGCACGUCAUCCGAAGGAUCAAUCUGCUCGCAGAAACCAGAGGACUUGAAACACGUGAAUAGUUGCGAUGCGCACAUCACAAGUCAUAUGCUGCCAGAGCUCGAGCGAUACCCGCCUUUACCAUCGUACGGUUGCCCCGUAGAGCCUGCCAUGCCGUUGAAUCAGUAUUCAUCGUACCCACAAGACGCGUCACCAUUCCUCAGUUCCAUGGGUUCCCUGCCGUUGUUCGGUGCCGGGGCUUGUGCUUCUGCUCAACUCACCUUACCCUCACCUGGGCCCGGUCUGUACCCGCCUCCCGGCCUGUCUUACGCCAGUACUCCACUCAUGCAAUCUUUAUCUAAACCGGCGUUCCCAACGCUAUGCGCAGCGUUCACAUCUUCGUCGCAAAAUAUUGCGCUGACAACAGCUAUGAUUGCACCACCGACGCCCAAACCUCUUGACUCGCCUCGCGACGACGCUGAGCCCGUCGAUCCGCGCUCCACGAGUCCUAGUACUAUACACGUCGUCACGAGCCCUAGUGCCGACACUGCCGACUCGACCGAAACCACCAGCAAAGCUCCCAAUAAAUUAUCCAACGAUAACAACCAGACCAUGCUCAGUCUGCAUGCCCAAGAAUCCAAGUCUCCCAUUCCACCUAAGGCCCCGAGGUCUAACAAGUUCUCAGGGAAGUCUCCCGGUAAAAGCCCCAUAUCACCCAAACAGAGUGAAGCGCCCAAAGGUAAUAAACGAGCGAGCAACAGGAGCAAUCGAAGCCAGAGAGGCCGAGGACGAUCAAAGAGCCGCGGCCAGGGCGCGCCCGGCUAUGACUACUCGGGCAACUCUAUACAAAGCAAACUCGUUGGCACGGUCUACGACUUCGACGAAGAAAUUGCGAAUGACGGCGUAGAUCUCAAAGCUUUACGAGAAAGGCGAAAAUCAAUCGAUGUAAGAGACGACAGAAAGUCCGAGGCUUCGUACAAGGACGCGUCGCAGUCGCCUCAGGUGUUAAGUCCGCAGGCGGCAAAGAAAACGCCGAGCGCCGAGGACAAGGGCGCGAAACCGCCGACGCCCGAGCCGCCCGACCCGCCGCGCUCGCCAGGCCUUAAGUCCACGGAGCGCGGGCCCGGCUUCUCGCAGGUGCACCCCGUCCUGCCCGGGCCCGUUGACAUGCGCACCUACAACCCCUCGUUCGAGGGCGCCGCGCCGCCGGUCGCCGACGCCUACCACAGCCAUCUAUUGGCCUUCGCCAGCGGCACCGCCGACCAGCAGCUGCCCGACAUAGACGAGGACCUCGAGAAACAGCUUCACUCCGAGCUCAUGGCCAGCAAGCCGCGCCCCGGCUCUCCUGCGCCGGAACAACUAACUCAGCCCGCGAAAGAUACCUAUACGCCUAACUUGCCCAAAGUCUCGCUAUCGGACUCCAGGAACCAACUCAAAGUGAAAAUCAAAGGGCCGUUCCUGGACGCGAACUACUCCAGCUCGGUGACGCCAGUGGCACCACAGCCGCCGCCGCCGCCACUCGACCCCGGCGCCGGUAUGGCGGCGGCCGGUGGGCCUUCCUCCAUGGUAACCGGCUCCACCAAUCUACGCCGCAUGCGCAAGAAGGAGCUGCUCCGCCAGUACUGGACGCAGGACAUGAACAUGGACGACCCGGCGGCGGGUGUGUCUCUAGUAGCCGUCCCGCCGCCGGCUGCGCCGCCUCCCAUCGCCCGCGCCGUCAUCACCAUUCCCAAGGCCGUCGCUUCCAUGACCAGCAUACCCACCCGGGACGAUUACAAGUCUGACACGCCCGUGGAAAAGAAGAAGCGAAAGACCACGAGCGGCCUCUCGAGGGAGCUGCGACACUUGGAAGUGAGCAUGAACGACGAUGUGGACCCCUCCGACGAUACCAAAUUAUCAACUAUAGCCGGUCCCGCGGCAUCCGCGCCCGCGCACAAGCGGCGCGGCCGCGUUUCUAAGCCGCCGCGGCCCGCCAGCUCGCCGGUCGCACCUAAAAUCAAAAUAAAAAUCGGCUCCAACAUAGUCCAGCAAGUGGAGGAGCCCGUCGGCUUCCAGUUCCGGCCGCCCAAGAAGCGGCUGCACACCUCCGUCCCCGCCACGCCCAGUUUCGAGGAUCUGCGCCGCGAGAGCAUGAAAUACCGCCGCAUGGUCAUGGCCGACUUCGAGGAGGACGAGAAAACCAAGAAGGUGAAACCCAGCAAGGCCGAGAAGAGGAAGCGCAAAAAGGACAAGAAAUCGGAAAAGGAGAAGUUACAAGUGGUGAACAGUGAGAGUGAAAGUGGUGCCAAGCUGAUAAUAAAGAUUAAGCGCACUAAAGAGGAGGAAGCGGCCGCGGGCGGCGCAGCAGCGGCGGCGGCGGCGGCUCCCGAGCCGCCCGUGGACCCGUUCGAGUACGAUCCCACCGCGCCCGACCCGCUCGCUAUCGACCCGCCCUCGGAAGCUUCCUCUGGUAUACGCAAUAAAAUACGGACCGCUAAAGUGACCCCUAUUCGGUUAAAACUGGCGCGGAGCUCGCAGGGCUCGGACUCGUACGUGAUGAAGGACUUGGGGGGUGCGUCCACCUCCGCCGACGCUGCCUCGCCCGCGCCCGCGCCCGCGCCCGCGCCCGCGACUUCGGCCGCCGCGCAGCCGCUGUCACUUACUGUCAAUAAACACUGUGAAGUGAGGUGAUAUAAAACAAAGAACGCGCGUUAAGCAGUGAUAGCGACACUUUCUCGAGCGUGAAUUUCUGUACAGUAAAUUUUAACUAUAGUGUCUGUAUAUUUCUAAAUAUUACGUCUUCUUUAUAACUAUUUAUUUGUAUAAAUGGAAAGCUCAAUGAUUAACUUAAAGUUACUCUAAGAUUUAUAAUAGUUUUGUGCAUUGUGUGAUGCACAAGUAAAUCUUAAUAUAGUACAUAGCUUAUAUAUUUUUGUUAAUGUUACUGUUUUACUUUGUGCCUCUUACGGAAUCUCAUUAAUUUUGUCAUAUAUGUGUAAUUAAUUAAAAUAUUGAAAUUAGGUAUUACAUAUAUUUUUCAAAAUUGCAUAGUUAUCACAAAUACACAUCACACGGUUAUUCAGUCUAUAUACAAUUAUUAAUAUGGCUGAUGUGAUUGACUUUUCACCCAAAAUUUAAUUUAUUAAAGGCAAACCACAUUAUUAUUAUGAAUUUAGAACAAUUUUAUAUAUUAUUGAACAGUAAAGUUAUUCAAUUUCCGAAAGAGCCAAAGUAAAUCGUUAUGUAGGUGCUACAACUCGGGUUUAAUUUUGAUCACGUACCGGCCUAAUAGUUUCUUGUUUUAAAACCUUUAAUUUAGCUGCUGUAGAUAUGCCAUCCAGGAACAGGCUCAACCACAUCUUUUCGUACUAAAUUUGACCAAUUAUUAUGGAUGGAUGAAGGAAUGGGUCUUGCUUUUGUGGAUAGCUUUAUCUCUCAGAAAAUAUUUUGCUUCGAUUAGUAGAUAAAUGAAAAUAAAUUAAACUAGAAAAUAAUUCUCAAUAAUUAAAAAAACUCUAAGUAUGAACAAUAUUCUAAACAUACUAUGUAAUAUUACCAGAAAUCAUGUAGAUCACACAAUUCCAUGAUUCCUUGUCUGUCAGCACCUUCAAAGCACGGACCAUUCUCAUUGUGUUUCUCUUCAAAAGAGAAUCGGUACAGUAGGUUAUUACUACCCUUUUGCACUGUAUUUUAAAUAAUAAAAAAUGGUAAACCCGGAGACUGAUAACUGAACGUAUUUUAAAUACUUUUUAAAAAUGUAUUUAUGUUUGUGUUAAAUCAAAUUAGUUUUACGUAUUUAUUAUUACUAUUUAACUGUACGCAAAUUAAAUCUCAGAAUAAGGUUUUUAAACUGUCCGCGUUUGAUCAUUUUUAUAAAUAAUAAUUAUUUGGAAUAAGUAUAUUAACUUUUACACAUGACUCGUAUUUAUUAGUAUAAUUAUUUUUUAUUAUAAAUAGUAAAGUGGUUAGCCAAUCUCAUCGCCAGCCUUUAUUUAUUUGGAUAGCGUUUCGCACAUUUUUUACAUAAUUUCAUCAAUAAACCUAUAGGCCCGGUUUUCACCAAAGAAUAAAAACCGAAGUUACUCUUUGAAUGCGGGCAUUAUUGAAACACGGUUCUAUAAAACAAAAUAAACUGGCUCACUAUUACAUUGUUAUACGGAAUCAUAAAUCAAUUUUAAUACUUGUUUGAAAAAAUAAGGGCACGAACGGUAGAUAUUUGCAAUAUUUGGCUCAAAGGGUGCAGGCGCCGAGAACUAGUAAAAGAAGUGUUGCGCUGGGAGCUACACUGAGCCGUCGUAUUAUGCAGUAAAAACGCAACCUGUACGUAUCGCGUCUAAUGAUGCUCCCUAUGACAGUUCAUUUUUAUAUGGAGUAGCUGGCACGUAAAAUGUUUGUGGACAUUUUUUGGAAGUAGCUCACAAAUUUAUUUAGAAAUGUAAUAUGUAAGUAAUAAAACCUCGGGACAUUUUUUUUUUCAAUUAACGCCAUCCAAAAGAACAUGAAGGAACUGACAUAGUCCAUCAUUCGGCGCGAGAGUUAUAAGUAGCCUGUCUUUUCAAAAUAAAGCACGCUGCUAAAACGUAACUUUGUAAAAGUGAGCCAUUCUUUCCGUUUGACGCUCGGUGCGGUCCCGUUGAACAAAGAGAGUAACAAAAUUUAAUUUGUUACAAUUUUAGACCGGAUGGUCGGGAACUCACCUCGCGAUGUGUUAUGUUAAUGAAACUUAUGAAAUUAUUUCCUUAACGGUUUAGCUUGAAGCUUUUUCUUCAGUGUUCGUUUGUGUUUGCAAGUGCUAACAACAAAUAUAUUUUAUAACCUACCGUCCGGAAUCGGGGUGGCCGGGAGAAACAGGAUUUUAACUACUCAUUUAUGUUUUUUUUACAUUUAGCCUGACAAUUAUUUUGUUGAAAUUUUGUCAUCUAUGUUAUGUGUAAAUUGCAUUAAAAUUUAAUUAUAUUUAUGAAACCAUCACUGAACACGAAGUUGUUUCUACUAAUUACUUGUGUCUUAGAUUGGCACUUUGUAUAUAUUGCGUUUAAUUUAUUAUCCACAUAUGAUCGUUCGUUGUUCAGGAUUAGAACUAAGCGGCAGGGGUAAGCAUAAGCACAUUAAUAUCUGGUACUUUUUGCGCGGUUUACUUAAACAUUUACCGCUCGAAGUGCUUCUGCGGAGUUAUUUCUAAUCCUAAAAUAACGAAGUGUAAUCAACAGUCAGAUUAAGAUUAAUGAGGAUGUGGUGGGGAUAUUGAAAGCGACAUAAGCCUCCAUAGAAAAAGUAUAAACUUCAAUAGUUAGUUAGUUCAAUAGGGUACUAUUUUUAAAACUGUUAAGCAUUUGACACUAUCGAAUAACUAAUUAGGCCGUCAAGUUCUGCCACAGUUGUUCCGUUCACGUACCCGAUAAUCGUAAAAUUUGAAAUGUUAGCACUUAAAAUACCUUCGGCGGGCACUCACUCUUACAUAGAUUAUCCUUUUGGGUCUUUUCAAUUAAUCGGUAAUUGACUGAACAGUAUGAUUAUUUGGUUGGAACUGUCAGGAGCAGGUUUUGUGCAAUAUUCGGCAAUACUCAAUCGCAUAGUCAACGUUGUAUGCCUGUAAAGUCGUGUUAGGUUUAGGACUCUGAUAGUUAAGUGUUUGCCACUCUUAUUAUGUUUCGGAGAGAAUCUGCAUUUGGCCCUUAAAUUCAGCCUACACAACGAAAACAUCUAAUUUUAUACAUAACUAGAUAAUAUCUAUUUGUUCUUAUAUAUUAUUUCAAUAUUAAAACUAAUCCGUUUUCCGAUUUUUUAUUUAAAUUUACGCAGUAUUUUAAUUUAUAAAAAUUACAUUCGUUUUAAGACGACAUGUCGCAAAACUUGGAAAAAUUCAGAAGUUGAUGAUUUUUAGUAUGUGAUUUUGGACGUUUUUUUCGGGGUUUGUAAUUAUUUUAUAUUUAAACACUUUAACCAUAGGUACAUUACAAAUAGUGUACCUUUCUGAUGGUAGUAUGAUUUUUCAUAUAUCUCUUACUGAAAAUUAUACAUUUACAUAAAUAUAAUUUAGCCUAUGCAACUUCUAACACUAAUUUCGCAGUGAAAAUAUAUGUUAUAAUUUUUUUAACAUUUUUCCCAUAAUCAGCAAACAGUUACGUAACACAUAUAUUAAUUUCGGGCAAAAAGAAAAAAAAAAACUCGUGCAUUUAAGGGUUAAAAUGAUAAGGCGUUUGAUGGUGAAAUCGAUGGGUCUGUGGGGCCAAAGCUUUUUCUGGUAACUGGAUUAUCAAACAUGUUUAUGACAAUCUUGGCAGUACAGUUCUAUCUAGUUUACUCAUUGACUUAUUAUUACUAUAGAGACGACAUACCAAUCAAUGAAAUUGUCGCAAUCACAACCUGUACCACGCGACCGUAAAAUUCCGCUUCUAUGGUUUUGAUGCCAAAACGGCAGCAACUCAUCGCGCAAAAUACUGGUUCUCUGCGUCGGUUAUAGAAACGUAUAGACGUUAGUAUUAUAAUAAUAGUUCAAUGAGUAACUAAAUGCAUUAAACACUAAUCAAUGUUACUUAUUAUAAACAUUGAAUGUUUUUAGACGUUUCGAAAUUCUCUAUUUCGUUCUAGCUAAACUUGGCACAAAAGAUGAGGUCAAUAAAUAACAUAACAUAACAUGUCAUGUAAUGACAGUAAGGUUCUGAAAAGUUCAACAGUCAACUGCAAGAUUGACUAAAAGUUUCACGUCAAGUUAAAGUCCGACGACUAAGAGCAUUCUGUACACUCGUCACAAGUUAAUUGCUUUAAUUUUGGAGAGCGUAUCUAUUAUAAAUUCAUUACUUACGACUAUAAUUGACACCACGACUAUACGACCAUGGUUUUACAAUAUUUAUAAAAAUCACUUAUUAUAUAAGUUGCUAUUCGCUCCGGAAUACUAUACCACUGGUUGUUUCGUUCUAUAAGAGUAAGUGAUGAGUGGUGAGAUACCUAGAUGUACAUUUCUUUCGAUAAUAUUUCGUAUCGGUAUCGUUUAAGUCCUAAGGCACCUUCCUAAUUGAUUAUAUUCCAAGUUGGUUUAUUUGAUAAAACAUGAGUUAUAUAUAAGAUGUUAAAUUUAUACAAAUUCGGUUCUUUACGUGUAUACGAAUCUAUGAGCAAAAUUCGUUAGGAUGUGACACAAACUUAUCGUUUCAGUCCACAUUUUUUCAUUCAGCUCUAGAAUAACGUUAACGCCUUCGCCAUAUCUUACAUGAUUCGGUGUUUUAAUUAAGCGCAUAUAUAUUUUUUUUUAUUUUUCUAUUUCUUUGUAGCACAACCCAAAGUACUGAAACAUAAUGGACGAUGAAUUAUUAUCUCCGAAUAUGCAAAAUAAUCGGUUCAAGUCUAGGAUAAAAGUUACAAAUUGUAUGUCAAUUUUAAAAUAAAUUAUUAUCUAAUACAAUAUCCGUAAGUACUUAAGAGGGGGUUUAAAGUAGAAGAACACAAAAGACGUGGCACACCGCGUAAACUUGCGACGGAAGAUAUGUCCAUUGCGACGGUUUGAACGUUUACCGCAAUAGCUCUGAACAUAUUAUACUCCUGUUUCAAAUUUUGCUCGUCACGUCCCUCGGCUACAUCACUGUACUCGUAUUUAAUACAAAAAAUAUACUGCUGUGGUAUGCAGGGUGUCUAAAUAAAAUUUUACCCUUCCAUAGAAAAUAGACCAGCCAAAAUGUAUGAAACAACCAAAUUUUUGUUCGCGAUUUCGGGGUUGGUCCCAUAGCAGGCGUGACUCACUCCGCGAUUUCGUCGCGCCGCUAAAAGUACAUGCGGCCGCCCCCAGUUCUGAGGUCUAGCCAUAGUAAUUGCCGGCAUUGCCGCGCACCGCUACGGAACGGACGCCUGUUUGAGAGUGAAUCUUCUGUACCUAGUACUAUUAUUUAUUCUGUGCCCAUAGUAAAAGUUGCUCAGUAUAAUCCCUACACCUCCCUGGCAACGGGAAUGCACUUAUUUUUUAGCCACCGUGUAUAAAUGAAAUUAAAUGAAAAUUAGACAUGUUUUCGUGAUUUUUUUCUAACGAGCAAAAUUUAACCUAGUACGGUUUUGGUUGGAAUCUGCCUUUGCAAAUAUAAUCUAGUUUCCGCGUGAUUUUUUUCAUGGCAUUUAUUUUAUUUAUUUAUAAAAAACCGGACAAGUGCGGGUCGGACUCGCCCACCGAGGGUUCCGUAUUCUGAUGUUUUAAAUUUAUUUUUCAUUGUGGAACGACAAUUCAAAGUGUAUUAAUGUCCAAUUUAACUUCUGAUAACAUUGCUAUUUGUUUUAUUUGUGUUUAUAGGAACGGAAAGUAUGGACGCACCUCUAAAUCAAUACUUAGAAGUCUUAGAACCACUAAAAUAUUAAUAAGUAAAAUAAAAUAAAAACCGGUCAAGUGCGAGUCGGACUCCGUACUUUUUAGUAUUUGUUGUUAUAGCGGCAACAGAAAUACAUCAUCUGUGAAAAUUUCAACUGUCUAGCUAUCACGGUUCAUGAGAUACAACCUGGUGACAGACAGACGGCCAGCGGAGUAAUAGGGUCCCGUUUUUACCCUUUGGGUACUGAACCCCAAAAAAAUAAAAAUCAGCGGCGUUAUUUUAUGUUAAGUUGCACAUUAAUACACCCUGACUCAUCGCCCCACAACGAAAAAAAAAAAACAUUUUGUAUGUAGGGUAAAAAAAUUUAAAAGUGCGGUAGUGACUCCUAAAAUUUGUUUAAAAAUUCUGAAAAAAAAAUAACAUGGGUUUUUUAAUGGUAGAUUUUACAUUAAGCGGGUGCCCCGUAGAAAAAUAUAACUUCGACGAAAUAAGGACCACCCUAAUAUGUAUAUAUUACUUACUUAUGUAAAAUCAAGGAAGAACACUUCACAAAUAAUUUUGAGAUUUGUUCCACACUGUAAAUUAUUUAACUACGCUAUGAACUCCUGCACGCUUGUUCAUAGCAGGCACCCUGCCUGGGAGGAACUUAAAGGAUUUUGACUACAAUUUUGAGUAAAAAAUAAUUUUCUUUUUACCUCACCAAGUGGUAAAGCCUCUCUACAUUGUUCAAAAACGGAUAAGAUCGUUGCAUUUUAUCCACUUGUGAGGCAAAGUAAUCUAAUGCAAAUUUUGAGUUGUUUUCUUAUGUUUGCUGGUAGAAUUGAUUUUUAAAUGAUGAUUUUGAAUGAUAAAUAUUUAAUAACAUUAAUUUUGAAUCGAUUUGCUUUGUUUUUGUUUGAUAUUUUACAGUUAUUAUUUUCCUUGUGUUGGUUUUCACUCGUCGUUUCAUUCGGGGGCAUUUUCACUCGCGUGCUUUGAAACCCUCUCAACGCUUAAGGUUAAAUUUUUCGAACCACUCGUUACGCUCGUGGUUCAAUUUUGGAAUCUUUCGCUUGCUCGGCUAUCAAUAUUAGCACGAGCGGUUAAACAACAACUUUGCCCCCUUGUAAAACAAAUAACUAUUUCUGACUGUUCGUAUUCUGAAGAAUUAUCUAUAUCUUUGAUAUGUUGGAAUUAUCUGAAGUAUCGUGCAAUAGAAACAUAAUACUUUCAUGCGGUGCCUUAUUUUAGAGGUCACAUCAUAAUAUAGCUUCGAGAAAAGCGUCUUUUUCGAAUUUAUAUGGCUCGAGAAGGACGGAAACAAAUCUGGCACGCUAAUAAUCUUGCUAAAAUUAUGUUACCAUACGUUAGAAGAGCAUAAUUUUUUAUAAUAGGUAAUUAGGCAAUAUAAGGUUAGCAUUCAUAGUAACUUGUGUAAAUAAAUAUGAAAAUGAUAAAUAAAUAGAAAGCGUAGGUGUCCAAUUCAGAGAUAUUUUCUCAGAACGAAUAUAUCCUAUACGACUCAGUAUUGCACACAUACACCGUCACAUAGCAGCACAAAAUGUGACGUUUUCAACCAGAAGGUACCACAUUGUCGGUUGUCGAUAAGGUUGAUUUCUAAUUGAAGCUAUAUGGAAAUAGCGCCUUACUGACAAGCGACAAUAAGUACCCUUUUGGUUGAAAAUGGCACAAAUAUAGCUGGCCAAAGCCUAACCGAUAUAUAGUUCCUUUCCGAUUUCAACCGCAAAACUAUAGUAGAUUGUUAACCAAGGGAUGGAAGGCACUAGUCCGAGGCUGAAAUUCGAAUACGAGGAAAGUAAAAUGGAUGUGUUUUUUUAAAAAGGAUGACUAAGUAUACAUUUUUAUAGUAUUUCUUGUGGGUACUUUCAAUUAACAAUUUAGGCAAAAGUAUAGUUUUAUGGAAUGGGAAGUUAAAUGUCAGAAUGGAAAUUUUACAACAAAUUCAUUUAAACCCAAAUUUCAAUGGCUUAUAGUAAAAAAAUUAAAAAAAUCGUACUUGGAACGUAAAAUGCUCUAGUGCAGAGACGUAUCAUUUUGUGCACACCUUUUAGAACAACAAUGACCCUUUUUCAGAGCAUGAGAAAUGAAAAAUAAUUUAUCCCAUUCUCAACAGUUUCCAUACAACUUAUUUUCUCACGUUACGUUCGCUGAAAUAUGCUUUAAGUAACUAAAAAGACAACGACUAGUUUUACUUACAAAUCUGAUUUGUAUUUCUGAUUAUGAUUGAUUUGUUGUUUCUUUGAUUUGUGAAUUUUGUUCGGAUUCGUUUUACAAAAUGUCCCUACUUUUAUUGUUAUACUCGUGAAAGCUAAGCUUGUUAAAAAUCAUGCAAAAUAAACAUUCUGUCUACAUGCACAGAGUUUGGUAACAGACGUGGGCAGAUACAACUUUUUAAUUAGGAUAUUUGAUUGGGAAUUGGGGGCACGUGGGGUUUGCACCCUUUGUUACAUGAUACUUUUUUUGAGUCACGGAACGAUCGGUAUUUCGUUCGGUAUUGUGUUCUUUCACACUCAAGUGUCGUAGUGCUUGUGUAUAAAAUAUAAAACAUAAUUUAUUUAUAAUAGGUUGUGGAUAACCAAAACAGUGUGCAACAGUUUAAUAGAAUGCUUUCCUGAUUUAUUUGUCAAACCUUUAAAAAACAUACUCUACAUACCUAUAUAUGAUUUUGAUUAAUGUUUGUUAUUAUCUUUUUAUAUAUAAAUGAAAUCCUUAAAUCUAGCCUAUUGGCCGUUAUAGCUUAGUAAUUGACUAUUUGUACACGGUGAUUACUUGAUUAGACACUUAAUUGGAGACUAUAGUCUUUAAGUCUAGGUAGGUUAAAUCGUAAAUAUUAAGUUCUACGGUCGCCUAUGGCUAACUACCUAACUAAACCCCAAAAUUAGAGCUUAAUGGACACAUAGACAUUUCGAGACUUUUUGUAAAAAGAUUAUCGUAAAAAUAUUAUAAAUAUAUGUAUAGGUAGUAUAUAUCAUAGGCGACAUCCGCACGGCUCUCGAGUAAUAAUAGCAACAUUAAUUCAAUUAUAGAUAGAAAUGUCCAUAUAAUAAUUAAAUUAUUCUUAAUUAACACAUUUCCGGGAUCUCAAUUUAAGUGAGUAUCAUUAUAAAAACAAAGUAAAUUAUUGUUGAUAUUUAAAAUGUAUUGCGUCUUACGAACCCUAAAUCGGAAUUAUAUGUCAGAAUUACAAACAGGUAGAGAAUAAUAGACGAUGUUGUAUUGUUCAAGACAAUAGCUAAGAGAAUUACAAUAAUGUUGUUAUUUUAAAAAUGAAGAAUGGAGUCUCCGGCACCCCAGACUAAUCGACUAGUCUCAUCGACACACUAGUCCAUGUACAUAGUUAGUUGUUUGUUUUGUGUCAUUGGUGUUUGAUAUUAAAUUCUUGAAUACGAAACUGCAGGCAAAAUCACGCUAAGGAUGUCUUCCAUCGAACAGCGGGGCCAGUACGGCGCCGUGUUCUCGAUUCGUAACCGAACCGGUACGAUGAUAUGCAGUUUCGCAAUUCGUCCCAUUCGUAGCGCUCACCGCCGUAGUCUCUUGCCACAUCGCUAUUUUACAAGACUGGUAUGCCUAUGGCUUACUGAGCGCAUUACCCCGGCAAAUCAGGAUCUCGUUGUACGGAUCUCGGGGUCACUUAUACCUAUUGGCUUGUUAAUAACAAUGUGCUCGGUAAACGAAACUCUUUUUCCUUCGUCAAUUAAAGACUGGGAUUUGUUUAGACCGCGACGUAGCACUUGAUCCUACGGCGUUCGUGCAUCGACUCAAACGAGUAGAGAUGAUAAAGUUAACCUAUUUCAGGUCUGGAUCUCAAUACCGACUGAGCCUUUUUUAUGAAUACUUAGUGACUUUGAUUCUACGGCUAUUUGAGUCGGCGCAUCGCGAAUAGUAAUUAAUAAUAGAGAUAAUUUAAUUAAUGUAUUUUAAUAAAUUCCCAUCUGUGUCUGAUCUAGUUUGGAGUGUUUUUCUUGAACCGCUAAUACUAUUCUUCAUGCGCAGUGUGAUCCCGCACCGGCGCCGGAAAGCAGUCGGCUAGUUGUCGUACGGUCAGCAUCCUUCGGUAGCAAUCGUCGUUCGAUGAUCUUUUUGUCUAAAAACUCGAUUUAUCUCUGUUCGGUUGACGUAUUCUUCGUGCGGUCUCACUGUCCUUCCGCUCCGGAUUCACUUUCCCUUGCUUUAGAAUAAAACGAAUUCUUAUACACACUUGUAGUUCACAAAUUUCAUUAUCGAGUGACGUGUCCGGAAACAAAGAAAGUUUUGAAGUUUAUGUUACCGACACCCGCUCGUAUUUAUUCUGCCAUUGAAAUAGUUUAGGUAAAUGUUCGUGUAUGUAGGUAGUUAGUUGGACGUAAUUGGAACCGAAUGCAAAUAGCAACCGCCCCGGGCUCCGUAGCCCCGCCGGAACGGACUGUCCGUACAGCUCUCAUUGUAAACUAACCCCAUGGUUGUUUAUUAUCUAUGCCGGCGUUAAUUAUACUAUUUCACCCUUUUUCUACGCACAAUUCGACAUUAGCUAUACGACAUCACAUACGGAAAUUAUAUUUAUAUCGAUUAUUACCUUGUUACUGUGAUUUGUUUUAAAUUAUAUUUUAAAAUUAGAUUUUAAAUUAGACUCGGUUUUUAAACGGAACAUCAUUCGGUUGUGUAUCCGUGAAAUUACAUGGUUUUAUUUAAAUACAUAUGUUUUUACAAAAUCAAUUAACUAUUUAAAUAUUUUGAGAGGAUAGCAUUCAUUCGAGAUGAUUUAUAGCAUGGCGUUAUUUAGAUUUCGUGCUUUAAGCGCAUGAUUUUAUAUUGAUUGAGUAUUCUUAUUUACUGGGUGUUGAAUAUUAUAAAAGUGUUGUAUGGAAUUGUAAUUUACUCUGUAAGUCAUGUUGAUAAGAAUGUGUGUUGUUGAUAUGUUUAUAUAUAAAAUACUUGUAGGAAGCGUCGUGGCCGGCGGCGGCCACCUCCGCGUCCGCUAGGGUCGGACUCUGUCUGCUAGACUAUAUUCUGUUAUUUUAUUCCGUAGACUAAAAUGACAUUUCAUGUGGUACUAAGAAAUGUCAUGUCUUACACAUGAAACGUCAUUUCAGUCUACGGAAUAAAAAAACAACUUUAGGCAUAUAUAUGAUCAAGCUUCGACAUUGAUUGUUCAGUAGCUCUCAGUGGUAUAUUUAUUAUAAAGGGAGUACAUCUAUUAUACUAUGUAUGGUACCGUUAGACUACGUGCCACUGACGCAGAGGUUAUCUAUGUUAGAUGUAAAACUAUGGCUGACCGUUUCGUACCAGUCAUUAGGUUAAAUGAUUCAAUACAUAUAUUAUUUAUAUUGUAGCCGAUACACCUAAUCAGUUUAUAAGUAUUUAACUUUAAGAGAUUCACUUCUUAUACCAUUAUCUGUGUAAGUAUUAUGAUCAACAAUAUUUCCAUUGUUUUAAUUAAAUUUAGAAUAUUAGUGGUUAAGUUUAAGAUAGCUAACUUGUACAAAUGACUUGUGUACAGUAAUGUAAGUGGAAUAAUUGUACGGGCGAAGGCAAGGCAAGGCAAGGCUCGGCCCGCGCGGCCGCUGUAAAUAGUGUACAAGUGGUCUUGUAAUAUAACAAGUGUUUUCAAUGUGCACAUAGUCGCCUCAUUCAUUAAUAAAUUUUUUAGAUCAA